AUGCCUAUAGCCGUGGCGUUCCUCCCUCAAGAGCCAGUGACCCUCACUGGGGGUUGUUCCUGCAAGGCGAGCCGCCACGUUGUCAAGAUACCUGCACUAGAAGACCGCCCUCUCGUCCCCGAAGCGCUUCCUACACCCAUCGGGCCCAGCGACGACGGUGGCAAUACGGUGCCUACACGGUUUCCGCUUGUCGAUCUGGAUCACUGUGACUCGUGUCGCCGGAUCAGUGGGGCGAUCAUCCAGUGCUGGCUGAUCUGCCCGGCGGACUGGGUCGAAUGGAGUCUGACCCCUCGCACCGGAUCAGGAUCAGGAUCAGAAGAAUCGAGUGAGGUAGGGCUCGGGCACAAAGACGAUGACGGGGAGAAUUCAAGUCCGGGUAAAACCGCCGGUGGAGGAGAAGGAGACCGCAUCCACCUAUCAACCCUUGCGGCGGUCAGUUCUCAACCUCGGCUGAAGGGAGGAGUCCGCGGUGACGGUGCUCCUGUGGCACGAGGUGACACCUAUCUGGCACAUUUCAAUUCUUCCCCAGACGUCACUCGAACCUUCUGCGCACGUUGCGGGACCAACCUGACAUUCUUCUUCGACCGCCCUCCACCUCAUGGAGUUCUCCCAAUCGUCGACAUCACUGCGGGGAGUCUGGACCGCGACAGCAUCACUCGGAUCCAACCCGAACGGCAUGGCUGGUGGGACGAUGGCAUUGACUGGGUCAAGGAGCUGUUGCGAAAGGGGGAUGGAGGAUUCCUGAUUAGACAUCCCUCUGGGGCUGUGAAUCGCGCCGUGCAAGACCGUUGA